AGUAAAUUGACUAAAUUGAACGAGUUUCCAUCUACCCAAGCAAAAUGGCUGACGCGUCUUCGUCGGCGAUGCGCGCAAAAAAAAUACCCGAUAAUUUGUACGAGCUGUGUCUGACGAAUUUAGUGAACUACUUGCAGAAAUUAAAGUGCGACAGAAAUGUGCUCCAAGGGAUCCCGGACACGGUCCGCAUGGAUGUUUACUACAAGAUGCUACAGGAGAAGCGGCUGUGUAUCCUGGGCGCUGAGCUCUCGGAGCUGGACACAUUCGAGCGGCUGAUGCGCUUUGCAGGCUCGCAACUGAGACUCCUACAGUGUUUCCAAGCGGUGAUAGAGCAUGGAUCCAAGCUGUCCACCGAACUAGCAACCAGCUACCUGGCCAAGUGCGACUGCAAGUGCAACAGCCGAGCCUCACUCAUACAUCUCGGGUUAAGACUUGGUGGUUUCCUAAACGAGGCCGGUUGGUAUGCGGACGCGCAACGCGUGCUGCUGCGAUGCCGCGACCUCUGUCGAGAGAUGCCGCAAACCACACACUAUAAGAGACUUACAUUAGAAUGCUGUCAUAGGUUACUAAACACACAAUCGGCUUACUGCUGCUUCCCUGCGGCGGCCGAGACGUACGCCCUGGCGCUGGACCUGCUGGGCAUGCCUGAUGACGUCACAGCCGAGAUGCCUGAGCCGUUCGCGGCCGCCGAAGAUGAACACAUUGACCCCAACGAUCCAGAACAUAAAUGCGACUCGGUGUGGUGGGUGCGGGGGUGCUGCGGGCGAUGCGGGGCGGGCGCGUGGGGCGCCACGUCGCUGCUGGCGCGCGUCUGCAAGGAGUUCAGCGCGCUCGCCUUCGUGCGCUGCGACUACUCCGCCGCGUACGACUGGGCCAUGCGCGCACUCAAACUGCUCACGCCACACACGCCGCCCAAGAUCACGAUUGAGGUGCUCCGCGCGUGCGGCAAGGCGUGCGUGGUGAAGCGGCGGUUCGGGUCUGCGGGCGUGCUGGUGCGGCAGGCCGUGGCGCUGGCCCGCCGCGCCUUCGGCCCGCACCACCCGCGGUACGCCGCCGCGCUGCUCGACCUCGGCUUCUAUCUGCUCAACAUCGACUCCAUCGUGCACUCCGUCGCCGUCUACGAGGAGGCCCUAAGCACCCUGCGCCGCGUGUUCGGUCGCAGUAGCCUGCACGUGGCGACGGCGCAGGAGGACCUCGCGUACGCGCUCUACGUCCUCGAGUACUCAUCCGGCCGCUUCUACAAGGCCCGGGACCAUGCCGAGCGGGCCAUACGGAUCAUUGAGAACUUGGUGCCCCCCGACCACUUGCUGCUGGCGUCCGCCAAACGGGUGAAGGCGCUCAUCCUAGAGGAAAUAGCUCUCGACACUCCUGCUGGACAGGAUAUGGCGGCGCCGAGCCUGCUGGAGGAGUCGGAGGCGCUGCACAAGGCGGCGCUGGAACUGUCCAUGAUGGCCUUCGGGGAGAAGAACGUGCAGACUGCCAAGCACUACGGGAACCUCGGCAGGCUCUACCAGAGCAUGCACAAGUUCCAGGACGCAGAGACGAUGCACUUGAAGGCUAUAGCCAUAAAGGAGGAGUUGCUGGGCCCCGAGGACUACGAGGUGGGGCUGUCUAUCGGCCACCUCGCCUCGCUCUACAACUACCACAUGAACAUGCACUGCGCCGCAGAGAAACUCUAUCUGCGCUCCAUUUCUAUUAGUCUGAAGUUGUUCGGCGAGCGCUACUCGGGCCUGGAGUACGACUACCGCGGCCUCGUGCACGUCUUCACGCAGCUCAAGCGACACGACCGCGCCAACCACUACAACAGGCUACUGCAGCAUUGGCAGGAGCUCCGCGAGCAGUCGAAGGCGGAGCAACAGCCUGCGCUGGGCGAGGAGCAGAUAAUGCCGCUGUCGCAGUUGCUCGCCAAGUUCUUCGGCCCCAACGACUGAGCUCGCCGCUGUCGCGGGACUACUUACGUUAAGGCUUCAUUCACUACAGAAAUUGUCUGUUUAUCGUAGUGCACUCGGAGUUGCGAUGACGCGAUCUAGAGGUUUCAUUUCGGCCGCGCCGCGCCCGCACAUACAAAGUAUAGGAGCGCGUGUAAAAUUAUUGUAACUUACUGUAAAUUGUCGAUUGUAGCACAAAUGAGACCUCGACCGCUUCUAGAUCAGGUUUGGUAAAGCUGAUACUGAGUGGAGUACACGGCACGGUGCGGAGCUCGUUGCAAUGCUCGUCCCAGUAUCUGUGUUGUAGCUUUUGUACUCGACACUAGAAAUACGUGUCAAUACGCUCACGCCCUAUACCUGCUCAACUUGUAAAUACGUAAUAUUAUCAUUGAGUACCGCUUUACGAAACCUGCGCUAGCUGUAGUUAGGACCGGGACGCAUUGCCGUGUCUUAAAGUAACGCCAAAGGCUAGCUAAGUCAUAAAUUGUAUAAUGCAGGCCAUAUUAAUGUGAUUGAGCCUAACUGUUUGUCGGAUUGUUUGUAUCGCGUUAUGAAGGUACGUGUGUGCCGGCCUUGACUGGCGGCCUGGCCCCGGCGGGUACAUGUAUGUCGUGUCAGAUGUAUUUGUUCACAUUAUGUCGCUGCACCGGGUGAUGCUAGGAAGAGGCUCCAUAAAGAGUUAAGUGUAAACAAAUAUUUUUGAUACUGUAACGUCAACAUGUGAUGUUAUCCUGUAUGUAUUUCGUGUAAAUUUACUUUAGAUAUUGUUGCUUUCGCGUAUUAGUUUUAGUGAUUCGACGUAUGUAUGAAUGUGCAAUGUGUAGAGUUGAAUGUGUAUAUAUUGUUUGUUUUGCCGACGCUGCCAGUUCCGCUGGCGCAGAAUAGAGCAAACCAGUAUCUCAGAUUACAUAGUAUUCGUCGUGGAUCUUUGCUUAGUGCCCAGUGAAUCAUGGUUUAUUUCUCACUGCCGUUAUAUUCUAAACGUUGUUGUGUGUAAAAUAUAUAAAUAUCACAAGUUGUAAUGUAGGAGUAGGAGAGAGAAACAUAUCUAUUUUCGCUUUGCAAAUAAGGCUCGCGCCAAAAUGGUCCUAUUUGUUGACAAGAUACAAUAUAAAUGUGGAUUGCGAAUAUAAAAUUUUAUUUUCUUACAUUCACAGCUUAUGUGUUUACAAGUAUUUUUAUGAAAGUUUAUAAUGAUGAUUAUGAUUAUUAUAUUAUAAUGUAAUGUUAGAAUCAGUUAACGGAUGGCUGUAACGUGCGUAUGGCGUGCGAUUAAAUAAGUUUUAUGAACAUGCAA